GAAAUAUAACCGCGUUCAUAGUGUGAAUGCACCAUCUGUCGCAGACGUAUGCCUCAACUGAAACUUUCAUGUCUGUCGAGAUUAUUUGACAAAAUUAAUCUGACCCACCAGUCGCAUUAAAUUUACUUCACACUGAUUAGCUGAGUUAAUUUAAACCUUCAAUUGCUCGUUUUAAUGUAAGGAAAAGACAACGUACGCGUUUUUAUUAAUGAUACAAUCGACGGUAACAAUUAUUGCUUCUUCAAUAUAAUAAUGUAUAGUACGGUAUACUUAUUAUGCUAUAAACGCGACACCACGUUGCAAUUUUAAUUAUUAUAUAUUAUAGAGAUAAUAAAAUAUGGAGAUUAUGUUUUCAUUAUCACAGAGAAUUGCUGUAGAUCACGUGGUUCUCAGCCAGUCCACUUUAAAACAACCUGAAAUAUUGAAUGCAGACAACACCCAUGCAUCGCAGGAAAGGUAUGUUUCGACAGUUAUUCAGAUACAAUACAUAUUACACCAGGAAGGGAAUUGACAUAUUAAAGUAUGACACUCAGUAUAUUGAUACAGUUUUGGCUAUAUGUUUUCAUUCCGCCUGUGUCCAAUAUAACGAUAGAGCGUUGUAUUAUGAAGAUUUGUUAUUCACUGUUUUUCGUGUUUCUUUUCAGCAAAAAUAACGACGAAUUAACAGAGUAAGGUGUAAUUAAAGCAGUGUCGACGAAGGUAAGACGAAAUAGAGUAUAGUUCUGGCGUAUAUUUUUGUAUGAAGUGAUUAGUGUUUAUAUAUGCUCGCACAGCUGUUUCAUAAUAUUGCUUUGUGUUGUGACAUGCCCAAUUCACAGACUCCGUAGAGAAAAUAUACAUCCCAUUUCCUUGUGAUUUGGUGUUUUUUGGAUUUGAUAUUCCCUUUAGGAUCGACAUAUAGCUACCGAUUCAGCGCAAAAAUCCUUAUGUUCGAUUGAUUAACUAACAUUAAUAUGCUUCUAAGUUAUCUAUGAUAUACAAUCAUGCAGGGGUACGUACAACUUACAAGCAUUAUCAAGCUUCGACUUUUCCGUUAGUUUUGAAGCAUACAUGCAUGCAAAAUUGUUGCAGUUGAAUAGUAUAUUGAUAGCAAUUAUAAUUUUAAAUGCUAUACUCUAUAGAAGUUAAUAUAUACAGUAGAGCAUUAUGCGAAAGUUUAUGCACAUGUUUAAUAAAUUUAUUUCGAUAUCAAUGAUGCUGUAUUAAGUAGUUAAAAACUGAAAGUGUUGGGAUGCAUUGUUCAAAACGAAAUCCAACAUUUAAUGUUGUUUUAGCUUUACAUUAUGCGAGUAGUCUUGCAAAUUCUGGGAGAUACAUUGCAAGUUAUAAAUCUUUAAUUUUGACGCUAUUGGCGUAUUGCAUGAGAUUUUUAAUAAUACAACUUGGCGAAUACAUAAUACAAUAAUAAAUAUUAUUUUUAAUAACUUCGUGGCAUUGUGAAACUAUAUCUUAUAUAAAAUUAUACUUUGUGCCAUACAUGCAGUAAGAUUGGUAAAGUGCAAAGUGUUGAGUAUUAUGUUAUUUCCGUUUGCACGUAUAGCGGAUGUAUUUGCCAUCAUUCAUUUGAGUCCAAAGAUCAACAACAAAAGAUAUAAAUUAUUCAAGAAAAUGCAAAUGUUUGUUCUAAACAAGUAAACGUCUAGGUUUUUGCAUAUGGCAGUAUAAAUACGAAAAGCAAUACAUAUAAAAUAAUAAAACUCGGUUAUCAGUUUUAACGUCGCGCGUGAAAGAAUACCUAUUAAAUAGUAGUAUACAGAUCUUCUCAUGCUGCCGAGCGAAACAAAUAGUGAUGGCACAUGGUGGCAUGCGACAUAUUACAGAUAAAUACAUGAUUUAGUCAAGCUAAGAAAUUAAAAUGUAACUUAUAUAAUUGCUGCAAUUGUAGUAUAUCGAACGUUUGUUAGAGUAAUUGCAAAUGAAUUUGUUUCAUGUUUUGGACUAUGCUUCCGUCAAAAUACAGUGUUCUCGUAAGUAGAACGGGAGAGUAUGGCUAAUAAAUCUUUAUUAAUAUUGACUUUGUAUAAUGGACGGUUGAUAAAAAGCAUAUAUGGUGAAAUGCAGAAAAAGAUCUGUAAUGUAGGCGGUAAUGGGUAUAUAAUUAUAUCUGGUAACAAGUCUUUUGAUGCCCCAGUGGAUGCCCCAUCAAUGCUGGAUUGGAAGAAGAAUUGAGAGAUCAUAAUUUUUUAACAUAGAUCUUCAUGUGGAAACUAUAAUAGUAACAGACUCGACAGCUAUUAAGAGCAAAAACUAGUACAGGAAGUUUGAGGGAGCAAAAAUGAAUUGAACAGUACCUACAGGUAUGGCUGACAUUCUAGCCAACACUUUCUUUAGAUAACAUACUCUUAUGGGAUAAAAUUGAAAGAAAUGCCGGAUGAAAAUGUCGGCAGAGUGAACCGUGGAAACCAAAUUUAACUCCAAAUGAAGAGUGAAAUUCGGUCCAAAAUACUCCACCGGAGUUAAAUUAACUCCCUUGAAAUUACAGUGAAGUCGCAUUGCAUCAUUCGCCUCGUGUAAGAUGGGCUUAAGUGUAAUACACGUUCUUUCAUUCGAAAUAUCGUUAUUCCUUUGAGUAUCAUAUAGGGGCCGGUUGUAUAAAAGGCUUAACUACCCGUUUUGUAGUCUUUACUCUCAAAUUCGCGAUUCUGAUUGGUUACUUUUUUGCACAAACUGUGGUUAAAUUUUAACUACUUUUUUAUAAAACCGACCUCUGAUGUCAUCAUUCAUAGUUCAUUUUGCCCCGUUGGUGUGGGCUCGGUUUCUCAGCGGUCUUACAAAGUAAAAUUACAUAUGAAGUAACAUAUUUCCCGAAGAGUAAUAGCUAGGGCAUAUUAUAGCUCAUCAGAAUUCUUUCCCGAUCGUACAGAGUACUGUACGUCCUCAAAAACGCCUAUAUGAUUCUCUCUCAAGUAAACUCAAGUAAGCUCUCUCUCUAAUCAUGCCCGCCGAGGGGGGGGGGGGGGGUGGACAUAUUGCCCCGGGUCUCCAGCUCAAAAGGGGUCCCAAAUCGGCGAAGUUCCUUUCUUGAUACAAACUAAGAAUAAUAAAUUCUAAGCUAAACUAAGAAUAUAAAUUCUAUCUGCGUCAGUACCGAAGAGUAUUCAUGCAAUAAAGCAGGGGAAUGUUUUAUGACGUCAUAGGGGCCCUGAGAAUGUUUUGCCCCGGACCCUGCGCAACCUCUCGGCGUCUCUGUCUCAAAUAACCCGCCCACUCCUUCAAAUUGGCUCAAGAAAUAUAUCCCGGCGGCUUAAUAAGAUGUUCUACGGUAAAUAUUGAUGAAAAGUUAUGUGACGGAAUAUCUUAUCAUAUUCAGUGUUAUUAAACUAUAAUAAUAUUGAUACUGCCAAGAUUUGCGACACACUUUAUAAAUAUAGUUCAAGUGUAAUCUAAUAUCGAAAAUGACAGGAGCGUUUUUAUAGUCUAGCUGAUCAGAACUUUGUCCGAAGAAAAACUCUUCCGGCACACGAUAUUCAUGCCUUUUUAUAGAUGAUAUUUAGUCGUGCAUUUUAUCUCACCGUGGCAAAUCAUAUGUAUAUAGCCUAACUAAAUUUGUCUGACAAACACGGUGCCAUCUGUGCAAUUUUGAAUAUCGAAAUUGUAGCGACGCUGUUUAAUUUAAUACGAGGUAGCUAUGCUCACACGAGAAGAAAUCGUGAUGAAAACUCACUGAUGUAAUAUUACAUUUUAUUAAAUGAAACGCUUUAUUAUGCCAGUCAAAAGAAGCGUUACAUUUUACGUCAGUGUAAUGAUGUUUCCGUUUGUCUCACUCUGCAAUGACUCGCUAUUCACCAACUAGUAACUCACGAGUGAAUUGCCAUUCGCAAUUUCGCACACUCGUAACUUGCGAGUGACUAGCCAUUCACUGUGAUUGAUUCUUACUAUUUAUAACUAUGUCUAUGAUUUUCAAAAUUUUCGUUUUCACAAACAAGUGCAGCGUAGCUUAUCUGUAGUGUAUAGGUGUGAGCUUUAAAUCAAAUUUUAACAACAUCGCUAUCCUAUGAACAGAACUGACUGCAUGAAUAUUGCAUGGUAUGAAUAGAGUGUAGUUUAAUUAAAAGACAACUGCAUGCUACUACCGCAUUAAACUUUGAAUUAGAUUUUCAACUUGUUAUUUUGUCAUGUUUGUUCAAGACCAAAUAUAUUUCCUUUUCUUGGGCGUUUGAAUUGGUCGGAUAAUGAGAACUAGACGAAUUUGGGUUGACUGUGUUGUCAUUUAUAGUAUUCGGAAUUUUCCGAAGAGACUCGAAGCUUCAAAGAGAAAUAACACGGGUUUCAGAACGCAUUCAAGAACGCGUUCCGAACGCGUUCAGGAAGGUGUUCCGAACGCGUUCUCGAAGGUGUUCCGAACGCGUUUUGGAACGCGUUCCGAACGCGUUCGCAGCAUUAGUUACUUCUGAGCAGUACUGUAGUUUAAACGAAAUUAACUUAGUUUUUGUUUGCUCGAUGUAGUUAGCCAAGAUGUCGUUCAUGGAUAUAUUAUACUGGCGAGAUCCGAAGAAAACAGGCCCUAUAUUUGUUGCUUGCCUGCUGUUAUUGUAUAGUUUUCAGCACUUCAGUGUAGUCACUGUCGUCACUUAUCUACUCAAAAUAUCAUUGCUACCAACGUUAUUGUUUCGCCUGGUCAUCAGUCUCAAAGCAGCGUUAACAAAGACAGAAUGUGAACAUCCAUUCAAGUAAGACAUUUUUAAUCUAAAAUAUAUCACUCCUUUGAUAUUAACCACCCCAGUCCCCAGGUCUCUUUAGUUUCAUUUACACUUACAAUUUUUGCUGCGAUUUUCUUGUUCUGAUGGAUGUAAACGAGUGGAUGCAUGAAUGGGUUAUGAAUGUUCAGGUCAGGGUACAUGUACUCCAAACAUUUGUAACUCAGGCGUAAAAAAAAUACCUGUGGUUCCGGUUCCCGACCGACCCUAUUUUUUUCUGCCGACCCUAUUAUUUUUUCAACGCGAUUGACCGUGCGACCCUAUUUUCUCCAGGUGGUUGCGGGCUGCUCAUACAGCGUGCCAAAAUGGCGUCUGUUGUCACAAUAAUUAUUGAACCAAAUUGCCUCAAUUCGUCCAUAGGAAAUACGCACCUCUAGUUAAUAUUGAUGUCGGGACUCUAAUGCAAAUCGCCCAGCAAAAAACCCGGCAAAACCAUGAAAAAAAUCUUCAAAAAAAAAUUUAUUUCCGACCUACCUACCGACCCUAAUUUUUUCACGAUAUGAAACCGGAACCACAGGUAUUUUUUACGCCUCAUCUACUCGUUCACAGUCAUGCAUCAAAAGGAGAAAGUCGCACUGGAAAUAGUAGCAAAAAUUGCAAGUGUAAACCGGCCUUUUGAUCUGAAUGAUCCUGACUUGAGUGACGUUGUCUUUAUAUACUAAAACAUGUAGAUAAAAACCAGGGGCAGUAUUUACGACUUGGCCCCGUCUAGUCUAGCACUAGAGUGAAUAUUAAGGUUAAUACUUAAUUCACAUGAUGAACGUGCGUUUUAGUCUAUUGAACAUGGCGCAACGAAUUUUAGGUGCAACUUUACCAAAUUUUUAGUGAAGAAAGCCAAGAAAAUGAUGAUUUGGAAAAUCUUCAUUUGAUGGGUAUUCUGUUUAAACAUGUCCAGUAUUGGCUGACUAAAGAAAUAUAUAAGUAUCCCAUAAAAAAUCAAAAUAUGUUUAUAGUUUGCCUCGUCGUUUGUCUACAUAUCUCGAUUUGAAUCUUCAUAUAAGUACGGUAAAAAAAAAACGUGUGCGGAAAAUUUCUCUUCUUCAAUGGUUUUUCUGAUAUGACGUUUUCUUUAACAACUUCGUGAAUUAUCAGUGACAAAUCCAAGAAUCAGGGCAUAUCAGAAAAACCACUAAAGAGGAGAAAUUUUCCGCACACGUUUUUUUUACCGUGCCUAUGAAUAUUCGAAUUGCGAUUGAGACAAACGUUGAGGUAAACUAUAAACAUAUUUUGAUUUUUUUAUGAAGGUACCUAUAUAUUUAUUCAGUCAGCCAAUACUGGAAAUGUUUAAACUGAACACCCAUCCAAUGAAAAUUUUUCGAAAUCAGCAUUUUCCUGGCUUUCUUCACUGAAAAUUUGGUAAAGUUACACCUAAAAGUCGUUGCGCAAUGUCCAAUAGACUAAAACGCACGUUCAUCGUGUGAAGUAACCUUAAUUUCCGUCAAUGUACUGUAUGUAUAUUAAAAUGCUAAAUAUCACAUAGUCAAAAAUAUAUAUGCUUCUCUCGAGUAGGAAAUUAUUUCUGGUCGAAGUACGCGACACAGUAAUAGGCGUACUUAUUACAUGAAGCUACUUUAGGUCGAUUCGUUUACACUUGCAAUUUUCGCUGCGAUUUCUAGCGCGAUUUUCUUCUGAUCGGAUGAGUAGAUGAGUUUAGUUACGGAUGCUUUGGGUACAUGUUCCUUCAUCUGAGCAUUUAUUAUAACUCAUCCACCCCUUCACAUCCGUCAGAAGAAGAAAAUCGCACUACAAAUCACAGCAAAAAUUGCAAGUGUAAACGGGUCUUUAUGAUUCAACCUCGUAGCCGGGAAAAUUGUCGAAUGUAAAUUUGUAUACAUUUAUUAGACCUAACCAGGAACAGCUGCGAAAAAUGCAACUUUAGGUCCCUGGCAGGAAUCGAACCUGCGGCCCUGCGAUUCCGGUACAAGGUCCAGUUGUAGAGCUCCAAGUACAAGUUCAUGUAUAUGUACAGGGUACUGCCAUGUUGAGUUAUAUGGAUAAAUAUCAAGAUUUUGUUGGCAUCCCAUUCUUGAUAUUUACCCAUAACUCGUACCCAGGCUAUUUUCUCUAACACUCUGGUGUCACAGCCAUCUGCUUAUCCGCCAACCUUUUAGCCGCUUAGGAUACCGCACGAACGAACGAAUCACACGCAGAAAAUUAAUCGCUGCCAUGCAGCGUUGGAGGGCAACCGCAAUUUCCAUAAAAUGUUAGGUGUAUGUAUAGGAUCAUUUGUAUAUAUACCAUAUUUCGACAGUAUUUUGGCAUUAAAAUGUGUGCCUGGUUCAUGUGUGUGAACUAACCAGACCAGUACACGGACAGAAAGAAACGAAAGACAAAACAAAAAAGAUACAGUGAAGUGUGUGAUAUAAGCUUUGACAGUCAUAAGCACAAAAAUGAAUCAGUCUAUAUGCUUAAAAUCCUUGUGAUAUUUUGACUCUAUUUCGGGAUCGUUGUCAAAUGAUUGGUUUGACAUAUCUUGAGUUUACAAGAUGAUAUUAUUAUGCUUAAGAGACCAAUAAAAAGGUUCUUAACUUGGUAUAAAAAUUGUUUUUAUAUAGAGAGGGGCUGGAAUUAGAUAUUGAUGCUCUAGUAGGCACGGUAAGUAGGUUACAAUCAUUGUUCAUACUGCACAGACAAAAAUUUAGAUAUAGAGACCGAAGAUGGAUAACACGACGGUAUACUAAAAUACGUCCAGGAUGGACAAAGAGACGUGCAGAUCGUGUAAAGUAAUAAAGAUGAACUGAUGUUCAAGAUGCAGUAGUCUUUAGAAUUCACAAACAAAAAUACCCGCAGUUUAUACGUGGCGUUUUUUACAAAUACAAAGCAACAAGUAUAGGUAAUGGUAUGGUUUCGAGUACAAUUUGGAAAACCAUAAUAUACGCACGAGUCCGAAGGAUGAGUGCAAUUUGAAGUCUUUGAAGAACUCACGAGUGUAUAUGUUUUUUUCAAAUUGCACGAGAAACCAUACUAUUUAACAAUUAUUGAAUGAGGUUGAGCACGAUAUGAAGAAUUAUCAAGCCCGAAGUAUCAAGCCCGAAGUUUGCCGUUAUUAUUUAUUUAUUUAAAAAAUUCAAAACAAACAUUUGUAUUUUAUUUGUAUUAAGAAAAAAACAAUUCCUUAGUCCUUCGGCAGCCGUCGUCGCGUCAUAUCAAUGGCGUCAGCGAGUCAAUAUGACUCUCGUCGUCGUCCGUAAUAUGAAGCAAACGCGUCCAAAUUUUUUUCAUAUUGACUCUUUGACGUCAUUUUGCUAAUAUGAAUGUGAAAAAUCCGUAUUUGGUUAGCCAUUGUGUUGAUAUGACAAUUUCACAGUUGGCUGUUAGCCAAUCAGAAACCAGGAUUUUUUUAAAUAAAUAAUAAUACUAAUUAAUAAUGUACAUGAAAAAAUUAUGCAGUCACGUGCGUUAGUCACAUUUAGAAAUCGAGAAAAUUAAGAAAUUUGAAAAAUAAAAAAUUUAAUUAAGAAAAUUUAAAAAAUUAAGAAAUUUAUACUGCUUGUAUUUCGUUUUUGCACUGUAUUUCGAAAAAAUUGCACUGCUCUUUUCAUGUAUAUUAUUAUUCUAUUUAUCCUGAUGGAAAUUAUCAGGAAGUUAUUGCAGAGACGCCCGUUCAAACCAGUGCAACAUGCAUGUUGCUUCAAUAUUAUCCACAAAUAUUGCACGCAAAAUAUUGGCUUUGUGUGAACAUUAUCAUGUUGAUAGGUGAUAUAGUUGAUGUGCCGUAAUGAAGAUGUAAAUGGAUCAGGAUUGUUUCAAAAUUUUCAUCAAACAUCGUCCAACAUUAUUGGACGGGAUUACUUGAAGCAUAGGACCCCCGGUCCCCCCCCCCCCCAUUUCUUAGUGAUGUAUAGAACUGCUUCUCUAACAAUUCGCUUUUAUUUUUGUCCUGGGAUAGUGCAAUUCAUGAAUGAAGGCUAUCUGGGGUAAUAAAACGGGAUUAAUGAAAUAAAACGAGGCAAUUCUAUACAGGAUCGUAAAAUUAUAUUUCAAUUGAUCCGUUGCAAUUUGCAACGGGUUUUUAUAAACGCUAGGGCACGUUGUUAACGAACCAGUAACGUUGACGAAAUUACAUUUUACUCCCCAAUGCCCGAUAUAAAUUUUGUGUUUUUUAGAGUGAUAAAACCACUUUGCCCAAGUUUGUGAAGACCAUACUACACGAGUGUCGUCGAAUAUUGUUGGUUGAGGAUGUAGUCGACACUGUAAAGGUAUCAUGCUAAUAUUGACAACAUUUCAGAAAGAAAAAAGGUUACUUGUGCAGUUGUGCUUCGAGGAUGGCAUGUUUUCCCGCUUGUGGUGCACUUGUUUUGCGCAUGCUUCAGGGCACCGCAAAGUAGUAGUAUACGUAUGUCUAUAGUUUUAAAAUUAAUUGCACUAUACUCCGACUAAAGGUUCUGGCGAUAGUACAUGUGGUGUCUUAUCUUGGAGACUGGUUUAGUGGAGUAACAUUGCUGUAUCUGGGUAAGUUAUCAUUUUUUGUUAUUGAAUUACGUGUAGUUAGAGACGUUUUAAUAAAAAGUGAAGUUGGCAACUUGCAUACCAAACUGGAAACGAAUUAAUAUAUACAUGCAGUUAAUUAACGUAAAUAAUACGGUGUUUUUAUACAUCACAUACUGAUACAUGCUGUAUGAACCAGUGUGGAUUCAUAAAAUGGUUCUGUACUUUCUAGAGCUAAUUUUUAUAAAAAUUCGUUUUAUAAAUGUUUAACGUUAUUUUACGUAAGAAUUUUUAAUAUGACCUUAAAGCCGAAAUAUUGCUCAUGCUGAACGUCGUUGUUUCUAUGGCAAUAAACAAUUAUUGGGUGUGGCUGAGCAUGAUAGUAAACAGUUAUUGGAUGAGGUUUUUGUGAUAUCCAGAAUUCUCAAGGUUGAAGUAAGUGUUAUCAGUCGAGCCGAAGGUGAUAUUGGUAACAGGAACCGAGACCUUUAUAAUUCGGGUAUCAUAAAAACCGAAUUAAAUAACUGUUUUAUGAUCGACAAACACUGCUAGCAGAUAAUUAUGUUAUGUGUAGGCCGCGUGAUUCCAUAUUUAGCUGUACGUAUAAGAUUCUGGCAAAGAAGAAGACACGUACUCACGUAGUGUUAUUUAAACUAUAGUUAUUUUAUAUAGUUAUUUGUAUAGUUAUUUUCCUGACUAUACAAUGUAUAGUAAUCAGGGGUUUCAGAAUAAGCCGGCGGCCGCCGGAGUUCCGCCGGCUACUUGAACUUUUACCGUCGGCUACUUUUUGUCUGGUCACGGGAAAAAUUUUGUAUACAAAGACCUGUACAAGCGAACCAACACGAUGUUUGUUAUGUUCCAAUUGGAAUUCAAGCAAGACAUCACUUAUUUUCGGAAGAUCAAUAAGAUCAGUAAUACAUAGUACCAAACAUAGCUUGCUUUCUUAAGUUGCUGUCGAAAAAGCGAUAAUAUAAACAUUCUUUGUUUUCUCGUAGCCAUCUUGAAUUUCGUAGCAAAUGGUCAGCGGCUCUGAGUCUUCCUGAACAGGAAGAUGACUCUGAUUGACUUUGACAGUGACUUAAGCAUUUGGGAAUCCGAAUUUGACAGUGAGCCAGAGAACGAGUCAGAUUCAGAGCUACUUUGGUAAAUGUUUUUCAAUUAAGAAUUUUCUUUGACAGUGAAUUAAUUAUGAUAAAGUGAUGAAGUAAAGUUCAUUACGUACAUAAAUAUAACAUUUAAUUAAUGAUUUCGGACUCAUAAAUUAGUACUAAUAGCAUACAUUGUCAUUCUGUUCACGCAGCUGUAAAAAUUAAACUACCAGUAAGCACAUUAAAGUACAUUGUCAGUUACAAGUAUAAAUGCAAAUGACAUCUAAAUCUAACAUGUUAACAGUUGUACUUUGUCUUUUUACUUUUUCUAUAUUAUUUGAUUGUUUAAUUUGCGGCGAAAAUUUUUUAAAUUUCCAUGCGAGGGCAAGCUCCCCUCCUCGCGCGAUUUUUUAACUAUCAGUCACAGCCGGCUACUUUUUUGGUACAGCCGCCUACUUCAAAUCAUUCUGAAACCCCUGCUAGUAAUGAAUGUUUUGACUCAUACCGCCUUGGUUUUUAUAGGUCUAAUAGCGACGUUCACUAUUCCAAAGUUUUAUGACAUGUACAGAGUAAGUAGCAGAGCUUAAAGCAGCUGUACUAAUAAUACGUUUGUAGACGUUCUCUGGUUUUAGACAGGGAUCCGACCCCAUGAGAUACAGUAAUUUGAUUAAUAACAUGAUGAUAAGCGAACUGUGCACAGUAAUUACAAUUCAAAUACAGUAGUCAAGCAAGACUUUGCAGUAGGGCACCAGAGUGUGCAGAGCACCCACCCCCUCGCCCCCAGCCCCCUGCCAGAUCAUGCUGGAUCCAUCCCUGGUUUUAAAUAUUUAUUUAGUCUUCAAUGGGUAGAUUACAAUGAAUAGCUGUAUGUAAUCACAUUUCAUUUAGGCCUACUGAUUUUUCCGAAAGCUGUACAUUGUCAUACAUGUGUAUACCUAUAAUGAUGAAAUUUUGUCCAAUAUUUUGUCCAGCAAUGUUCAUAUAGUAAACCAUUAUAGUAUCACACUGUAUUUUUGCAGUUUUCAUGUUUACAGAACAAAACCGAGGUUAAAAGAGAACGUCUUGGCUGUAGUAAAUUAAUGAAAUAAAUUAACCAAUCUCCUAUUGUUCCCCAAUUUUCAAUUGCUAACCCGCUAUGGCAAUGCAUAUUCAUGAUCAUUUACCGAAUUUCACUAUUCAAAUUUUUAAAUCUCAUAUAUGAUAUCUUUGUUAAAAUUUAUUCUACCGCUAUAACCAUUCGACUUUUAUACAGGAUGAAAUUCAGAAAUUGAUAGAAAAAGUGUCUCGUAUGUUUGAAGACGUGAAGACAAGGUACAAAAGACUAAUGUCUUUUUAACAUAAACCCACCAUCAUAUUAUCUUUCUAUUUUAUUAAACCAUCAAUUCCUCUUGACAAGUUGGGUCUAUCGGGACUUGAUGGCUUAAUCCAGGCAUUUGGACUCGUGGAUAAUCUUUUUAGAAAAGUCAAGUUGAUGGUUCUAUAAAAAAAGUCCUAUUGAUUGAUUUCAAGUUGAUGGUUCUAUAAAAAAGUCCUAUUGAAAAAGUCCUAUUGAUUUAAGUUGAUGGUUCUAUAAAAAAGUCCUAUUUCUAUCAAAAAGUCCUAUUGAUGGUUCACAAUCCAUCCCUUGAGAUUUCUAACCAUGGAAAUAAUAGUAAUAUUUCUAUGUUUCUAACAUGCACAUAGACAUAUGGCGGCCAUAUUGGAGGAAAACACGCUCCAAAUAUAAUAGCUUCCAUUGAUACAGUAUUCUUUUGUUAGUGUUCCUCCAAAAUGGCCGCCAUAACGUCAAGUGCAAACCAAUAAUGUAGUUAUUCACAUGCAGUCGAAGAAUUCAAUGUUUAACAUGUAUACUGUAAUAUGUAACCAUGCAUAUGUCAUUGUAUGCCAGCAUGGAAUCUCGUACCCAGAGCCAUGCAAAAUCUUGAACGGUCGGUACCAUUGUAGGUAGAGACGAAAACAAACAGCUGCAGUGCAGAGGCGCUGGAGACACGGGAGAAGCUUUCCCCCUUGCCCAAACAGUUCGGAGGCAGCAGUUUGCCAUUUCUACAUGAACUACAGUACACUUGCAUUAUUCAUAUGAAUUGUAAUCGAGAAUUGGUUUCAAGGAAUUUAGCUCAAAUUUGAAUGAUAAAUUCAGCUCAGAAACGUUACCAAGGUUUCCAACUAUAUGAAUAAAAACCGUCAAAAAGAAUUAAGCCGUCUUAAAUAAGUGACAAGCUGUCAUGUUGUUUAAUGUACAAUGCAUUUUAAACUUUAGCGUCAUGCAACGAAUAAAAUUGUUCCAAUCAAAGCCGAAAUUUGUCCAACUAUAUCAAGUGUCCGCACAGCAAAAUGUUAACGAACAUUGCUGCCCACACAGUUUAGGGCUCAGAAGUAAGUUCCCUUUUUAAAUGCCUGCCCCCCCCCUCCCCCCCGCUUCACGUCACUUCCCACGCCCCUGCUGCGAUGUGAAGGAUAUACAGCUAAUCCAAAAAAGGUUGUCGUUUGUAAACCUUAAACUCUAAACCAUAAACUCUAAGCGCGCAAAGCUUAAUGGGAGCAUACGUUUCAAGCUUUGUAAUUGAAUAAUGCAGCUGGUUAAAUGAAUUGUUCUCGUAAGGAGAUAUUUACCAUGUCUCUAAGAAAUGGUCCCCGUAUAUGAUAUCUAAACUGAUUAAAUGAUGUUCCCAUUAUGCUUUGCACGCUCAGAGUUUAAGGUUUAAGGUUAAGAUUUUUUCGUUUGUAAAGGGCAACCUUUUUUAUUUAACUGUAUAUACAUACAUGCAAGUACAACUAACUGACGCAGAGCCUUCGCUAGAAACAUUGAUUGUUCUGCUUAUAUUUUCCUGAUUAAGUAUCGUUUACACCGCAGUUUACAAAGUGCGUGGUGUUUGGCAACUAGCACGUGACUUUAAUCAUGAAUGCGCAUAUAUAGCGUUUUGUAAUAAGUGUUUGCAUGUAGCAUGUUGUAAUCUUUAUCAUGUGUUUACUAAUUUGUGGAUAUACUAACAUUUCAUUUAGGGUUUUGUCUAAUAUUCCAUCAAAAAGUAAAUCAUUUUCGACAAAGAAGCCGAAAGGAUUGAAAGAGCCGAAAAAUGUUGAAGAGAUAAGUCCAGCUUUGAGAGAAAGCUCACUGCCUUCUCCAGAGGAGGCUAGCGACGAGGAAAAAGAAAAGAUGUCGUGAGCUAUUUAAUAUAGUUUCUUGGUAUUGUCAAAAAUUGUAUUUUGCAUGUGUCUAACAUCAUCUAUAACUCAUUAAUUUUUAGUAUCUGCAUGGCUGGAAUAUUUGAACAAAAACCACUAUAUGGAUAUAGAAAUCAUAGAAAGGGCCCGCAUGUUAAAAAGAGAGAUAAAUACGCAUUCUGUAUACUAUAUGAAGAAUAUUGUUUCUAGAUGAUGUCACUAUGUGUUGUCGGACGCGCCAUCUUCGUUGAUUCUCAGUUUACCUUAGCAUGACGUUGAGUUAGUUUACUAUUUUCUGCUUUAUUUUAUUAGCUCAGCUUGAUUCAGUCAAUAAACGAAUACAUAGUUUAUGUGGUUUUAAAAUUCAACCAAAAUGACGUUGAUCUCAAGCAACCAAUAUAGGCUCGCAUAUAAUUAAAAUGUGAAUAGACUAAAACGUUAACGCAUUACCAGGGCGGGGGGGGAGAACCUUUUCUUGUUCCUGUCGUUCUGAAACUAGCGCAUGUGAACAAUUCGUGAAAACUGCCCACUUGCGACGUCAUCAAGGUGCAUCACAAUCACAGUACCCCCAGGAACGAAUCAAACGAUAUUUGCAAUUUUUCUAUGACAAGUUUUCACUUGACACAGAAAAUUCUGUACGUCUCUAUGGGCCAACAAAGGAAAUUUGGCUAAUUGAUUUGAGCACUUGCAUGGGGUUGUUCAGAUCGAUCUAUGGCGAUCUAUUGUUAUAAUAGCUAAUAAUAGCUAUCGUGGCGGUCAGAAAACCAUUCAAAAACUUGUCAUAUAAUUUUUUGUAUGUAUAUAUAUAUAUAUAUACUAGUUAUAAUCUUAAAAUUUUAUUAAUCGCUACACAGUGUUUCACGCUUUCAAAGCGAUCUUCAGGCGAUACUACUCUAAAUAGUUUGCUUGCGCCAUUCAUUCAACGGUCCGCUGACGCGAUUGCAUCAUUGACACAUUCGAACUGCCUUCAAAAAACUGUGCGCCUGUAGUUGCUGAGAUGAAAGCAUUUGAGGAAGACGUCAUUCAUCUAGUGUCAAAUGUCAAAUUCAGAAAGAUCUCGGAUCCGUUUUUGAACAAUAUCGCUGUAGACCUGGAGAAAGUUAAUUCUUCUCAAAAUGUUUUAAUAUUUGCCGACAAAACAAGAAAUGUCUAUAAAGCUACAACCGAAACAUACAACAAACUAUUGACUGACAACAUAACGAAAACAUAUAAAUUGGGAAGCGACGAUAUAUCUGAUGUUAUCAAUUCUGAACUAAAGAAUAUAACGAGCAAUCUGUCGAUCGCGGAUCGUGUCGACACAAUGGCGAGAAAAAACGCGUUCAUAACUCUCAAAGACCAUAAAGAGAAUUUCGACUCUAACCCCAAAUGCCGCCUUAUCAAUCCAUCGAAAAGCGAACCAGGAAAGGUUAGCAAGAUAAUACUCGAUGACAUUAACAACAAAAUUAGAUCAACCUUAAGUUUGAAUCAGUGGAAAAAUACAGAAUCCGUAAUCAGCUGGUUCCAAGCCAUCAACGAUAAACAUAAUCACACUUUCCUUUGAUAUCGUUGAGUUUUACCCGUCUAUAUCCGAGCAUCUCCUUGACGAAGUUAUUUCAUGGGCCCAAACAUUAACUGACAUUACGGAUCAGCACAUUUCUAUUAUUAAGCACGCAAGAAAAUCCUUACUUUUUCAUGAUGAGAAAACGUGGGUAAAAAGAAACAACCAAUCUCUAUUCGACGUAGCAAUGGGAAGUUACGAUGGAGCCGAGGUAUGUGAGCUGGUCGGACUAUUCAUUUUGAAUAAGCUUUCUGAGAAAUUUGGAAAGAAUAACAUUGGACUAUAUCGAGAUGAUGGCUUAAUGUUGUUGAGUGGAACCGGAAAAAGAUUGGCAGACAACGCUCGAAAGU